AUGUCCGCGCUGGACGACUUUGUCGAGCAUGCCGCUGCUGCAUCCUCGGGGCCGUCGCGGUACGCCAACGCUAAUCGACCGUCGGCGCUCGACCAUGUCGAAUACCAGGGCUUCGAUGACGAACCCGAGGUCGCCGACGAUUCGGCCCUCAUUAUGGAGACGGGCUUUAUACCGAACUCACGAGCGACCGCGCUCCCGCCCCUCUUCACGCAGUCGCAGGUCCAAUACACACCGCCGUCCGAUAUCCUCGAUCUUACAGCAGCCAACAACAUUCUGUUCCUAGCGACGAGUCCGUUGUCCGUGGUCAUCAUUGACUUGAACCAUCCCGACGAGCUUGUCACCAUCGACUUGCCAAAGCCGCAGGCAGACAAGCAGGCGAGCGUUGCCAUCCGCGCCCUGUACGCCGAUCCGCAGGCGCGGCAUCUCAUCAUCACGACCACGACCGGUGACGCUUUCUACCUUCCUAUCACGCCCGGCAACGCUUCAGCGCAGCAGAAGAAGCCGCGUCCACUCCGAUUGCGCGCGAAUGUCACGGCAGUAGCCUGGUCGCCGGUACCGCGGAGCGGAGAUCACAAUGACCCGAAUGCACCUCCGCCGACCGACGUGCUCCUCGGCACUGCAAACGGCACCGUCCUCUCUCUUCCCCUUCCCCCGACCGACGACAUCUUCAAGAGCGUUAACCCUAAGGCGACCGAGCGUGACCUGCAGCACGUAUACUCGCUGCCGAGAAACCAGACCGUCGAAGGCAUUGCGUUCGGCUUCUGGCACAGCGACAAGAAGCGCAACGAGACGCGGGCAUGGGUUGUGAUCUCGACAAAGGAUCGGGUUUAUGAGGUGCAGGGUCCUGUGACUACCAUCCAUGGGGGAGGGAAGGGUGGUGGCUGGGCCGAGGAGGUGUUCAAGCCUGCCCGUGACGGACCGAUGAACUUCCAGGAGUUAUCGGGCAGCCCAAAGAACUCAGAGCUGCGGACGUACACUCCUACCCUCCCCGGACAGGACUCGAGGCUAAAGCCGCCGACUGCGAUCGCUUGGCUGACCGAGCCCGGACUCUACAACGCCGCCAUCUCCGCGACGCCGACGCCAGAAGUGUUCCACAAGGCGUCGCUGUACCCGUACCCACCUGCACCAGAACCAGCGAGUACCGGCCCAGCCUUUUCACGAUCACCGAAGCCGACGAGCCCUGCGCCAGUACCGAUCUCCUUCGUCGUGACGCAGUGGCACUGGCUCUUCCUCUACAACGAUAGAAUCGUUGGUGUAUCCCGUGAGACCGACAAGGUCGUGUGGGAGGAGCCGAUCCCGCUCGACCAGGGCGAGGUGGCACUCGGGCUGUCAUCAGACCCGAUCUCCAAGACCUACUGGAUCUACACCGAGAGGAAAAUCAUCGAGGUCGUCGUGAACAAGGAGGAGCGGGAUGUGUGGCGUGCCAAGCUGGAGCGCAACAAGUUCGCCGAGGCGCUCGAGUUCGCUUCCACGCCGGCGCAGCGCGACAUUGUCCUCUCCCGCCAGGGCGACGCACUGUACGACGAGGGCAAGUUCAUCUUAGCCGCCAGGGCUUGGGCGGAGUCGACCAGGAGCUUUGAGUAUGUCACGCUCAAGUUCAUCGACGCCGACGAGCGAGAUGCCCUGAGGGCGUAUUUGACUGGAAGGCUGGAUAAGCUUGACAAGAAGGUGAGCUGCAACUGGACGGACGAAGCUCAUAGACAGGAUCUGACGCAACGAAUGAUGCUCGCGACAUGGCUGCUCGAGAUCUACCUCAACAAGUGUAACACACUAGAGGACCUGAUCGCGUCCGAGUCCGCGACGUCGGACGUCGAGACGCUUCAGCUGGAGCGCGAGAUGGUCGAGGACGACCUACAGUCGUUCAUGAAGGACUACAAGGCGAACCUCGACCCCGCCGUCGUGUAUGAGCUGAUCCAGGGCCAUGGUCGAACGGACUUGUACCUGUUCUUCGCCGAGCUGAACAAGGACUGGGGCAAGAUUGUUGAGCACUGGAUCGCCGAGGAACAGUGGGACAAGGCAAUCGAGAUCCUCAGCCGCCAGGACGAUGUCGACCUGUACUACCGCUUCUCUUCCUUGCUUAUGCGCAACGCGGCCCGUGCCACAGUCGAUGCGUGGAUCAGGCAGUCGUCGCUGUUGCCACGAAGGCUCAUCCCGGCGUUGCUACUGCAAAAGUCAGAACCGUUAGAGUCGAACCAGGCUGUCCGAUAUCUCGAGCAUGUUAUUCACCGCCAGGGCUCGACGGACUCGACCAUCUACAACCUCCUCCUUACACUGUACGCCUGCGAUUCGAACGAGGACGACGCGCCGUUAAUUCGCUUCCUGUCGACUUGCCCCGACGACCCGCUCUCGGACAAACCGUUCUACGACCUUGACUACGCACUGCGUCUGUGCAAGAAGCACGGCCGCAUCCAGGCGUGUGUGCUCAUCUACAGCCGCAUGGGGCUGUACGAGAACAGUGUCGACUUGGCUCUGGAGAAGGGCGACUUGGAGCUUGCCAAGGAGAACGCGGACAAACCGGAGGACGAUCUGGAUCUGCGGAAGAAGCUCUGGCUCAAGAUUGCCAAGUACGUCGUACAGGAGAAGAGCGACAUCAAGAGCGCCAUGCGCUUCCUCGAGGCGACGGACCUGGUCAAGAUCGAGGACAUAUUGCCGUUCUUCCCCGACUUUGUCGUCAUCGACGACUUCAAGACGGAGAUCUGCACUGCGCUUGAGGACUACAGCGCGCGCAUCGAGGAGCUCAAGAAGGAGAUGACGGCCGCAACGCGCUCGGCCGAGUCAAUCAAGCGCGACAUCGAGGCUCUGUCAUCUCGCUUUGUAGCGAUCGAGACGAGCGACAAGUGCUGGCGCUGCGACGGCGCCCUCACCGCGCGACAAUUCUACGUCUUCCCGUGCCAGCAUGCGUUCCACACUGACUGCCUUAUAUCCAUGUACCUCCCGCCGCACUCGCUCCGACGCAUCCUGCACCUGCAAAACGAGCUCGUGCGCUCAACGGGAGACGGUGCGGGUUCCCGCGCGCUGCUCUCGUCGCAGUUCGGCCCGCAUGCGAACGGACCGAAGCGGCAAGACUCGAAGGGCGCUGCCGACUGGCUCCCAGUUCCGGGCCGGCAGACGCUGGUCGCCGCAGGCGACCGGCUGCGCGACCUCAUUGUACCCGAUGCGCUUGCGCAGGCCGUCUCCGGGCAAGGCAAGAAGAAGAAGCGGGACCUGGACAGCACACAGGUCGAGCAGGCGCGGAAGGAACUCGAUGAGCUCGUCGCGGCCACUUGCCCGCUGUGCGAGGGGGCGAUCGCGAGCAUCGACAAGCCCUUCGUCAAGGACGAGGAGGACGCGGGCGACUGGGCCAUUUAG